AUGGAUGGGCCUAACCCAUUACUUGGUGUUUGGGAGCCAAUCAACAAACCACCCAGCAACUACAGCAUAAUACGUCUUUUUGGGUCUAGGCUGGAGUCUAAUGAUGACUACUUUGUAGAAUCAAGCUUCAUAAAAUCAAAAACCGAUGUUAAUCCAAAGCUAGUUCCUAGGUUAGCUUAUCUGAUCUCAGGGACAAAAGGAGAUAGUCAUAGGAUGAUGAGGACUUUGCAAGCUGUGUACCAUCCUAGAAACAAGUAUGUUCUUCAUUUGGAUCUCGAGGCUCCACCUAAAGAACGGAUGGAGCUAGCUUUGUCUGUGAAGAGUGAUCCUAUUUUCAGUCAAAUGGAGAAUGUUAGGGUGAUGUCUCAGUCUAAUCUUGUUACUUAUAAAGGUCCUACAAUGAUUGCUUGUACUCUUCAAGCCGUUGCGAUUUUGCUUAGAGAGAGCUUACAUUGGGAUUGGUUUACUAAUCUUAAAGCUUCGGACUAUCCUCUCGUAACACAAGAUGAUUUGUUGUAUGUCUUCUCGAACAUGUCGCGGAGUGUUAAUUUCAUUGAGAAUAUGCAGCUCACUGGUUGGAAACUGAAUCAGAGAGCUAAGUCAAUCAUAGUUGACCCUGGCUUGUACCUAUCUAAAAAAUCUGACUUAGCUUGGACUACUCAGAGACGAUCACUUCCUACUUCUUUCAAGCUAUUCACAGGCUCAACUUGGAUAAUGCUGACACGGUCUUUCCUUGAGUAUUGCAUUUGGGGAUGGGAUAACUUCCUUAGAACGAUACUAAUGUACUACACAAACUUCGUGUCAUCACCUGAAGGUUACUUCCACACAAUGAUCUGCAACAGCAAAGAGUUUGUCAACACUGCGACAGGACACGAACUUCACUACAAUGCUUGGGACAAUCCACCAAAGCAACACCCUGUCUCUCUCUCGUUGAAAGAUUUUGAUAACAUGGUCAAGAGCAAAGCUCCGUUUGCCCGUAAGUUCCACAAGAACGAUCCUGUGUUGGACAAGAUUGAUAGAGAGUUGUUGGGGAGGACACAGAGGUUCUCACUGGGAGGAUGGUGUGUUGGGAGGUUGAGUAAUGGGAGUGAUCCGUGCUCUGUGCAAGGGGAUGACUCGGUUUUGAGACCAGGACCUGGUGCUGUGAGGUUGCAGGAGCUUGUUCAAAUGUUGACUUCAGAGGAAUAUAGGAGUAAACAAUGUUCUUGA